AUGUUAUCUCCCAAACUCAACACUCCUACUCUCAUCGCCAUUCUUUCAGUCAUUCUCAUUACAUGCACUGCAGUCGCUUUCAUGGCCUACUCACCCUUCCGCUCAUCCGCCGUGCAAUACUUUCGACCAAAAGUCCCAGAAAACAGGCAGACUAUCCUUCCUUUGGUCCAGACCCCACGCCUGCCCCGACUCUCGCUCAGCACCAACUCGUCUUCCCGUAGCAGCUCGGAGUACGAGUUGUGGACCAAGGCUAUCGAGACUCUGGGCUACGCGGACCCUGCCUAUCCACAGCCGUCGUUCCGUCCUCUAACCCUGACGCUUCAUGGCGCAGCCUAUCGUUCCAGGACGCACCACAACAAUUCACUCCGAAUUCCCCAUUCACUUCGAACCAUACCAUCGUUCAUCUCUCGUUCCGAGAACAAUUACUCGACUGUUAACCGUGGAUCCAUUCCAACAAUCCCUUCCAUACCGUCGGAGCCGGGAACCAAGUUCUCUUCCAUCGACGCCGAAUCCAUGCGAACCAUUCCAUCCCUGCCAUCGUAUGCGCAACCCCAUUAUUCCGCCUUCUUCAGACCACUGUCGGCCAUCUCUCCCAAUGGCACGAGCUCCCAGUCUGCGAACUCAUCCGACUUCGACCUCGGUGCCGUACUGGAUCACUUUCCCAUGAUAACCCACCAACUCCCAUUCGCGAGCCUCCACGUACCCGUCAUCCGCCAUUCCGCGAUCGAAUUCUUAACCAAGACGUUUGACAACUCGAUUUGGGCCGCCGGCAGCUCUCAUCCGUCUCGUUUUCAUCUCCCCAAACCCCACAUCACACCAUCAGCCACAGUCGCUGCUCGCACAUCGCACCAAGCCAGCAGCCCAUCUUGGGUUUCUGUGCGUCUACACCCUCACGAUCUAUCCAUGUCCAGCCUCGAUGCAUCUUCCAGCCGUCUGUCCGACAUCCUCGACGACGAUUCCUCUUUCUUCCAAGGACGAUCCGGUCCACCUCUCGUCCCAUUCAACGCGCCGCGUCGAUCCAUUCGUUAUGUCCAACGACGCGUAUAUUCUGCGUCUUCACCAUUCUUCACAUCAUACCGAGAAUUUGGGGCGGAAACGGCAUUGACGACUCGAGGUGCAUAUCUUGUCGGGACGGGCCGAUGA